AUGCAGAAUAGUGGGAUUGUUUCCAAUUCCAAGAAUAAUUUGAGAGUGACAACGCCUCAGCAGUCUCUUCGGCGACUGGGAUUGUGCUCCCAAAUAGCUACUGCUACUGGGGGCCAGCACUCCUCCCCAAUUGUCUUCCCUGAGAAACAGAAACGGCACAAGAUCAAGGCAGCUUCCAAGACUCCACCUACCCCUACCCCUGCUGAUGAUCCCAACAUAGUUAAGGCCUUAGACCACAGGAUUGACAUUCCGGCUUCUGCUGCUGGAGAUGAGAAGUCUGAUUUGUUGGGUUAUGCUGUCUUUUCCGGGAAAUUAGUUUUGGACAAAAGCAAAACCAGCAGUAUAAACAUUACUUCUACUGAUGCACAACAACAACAAACCUCCUCCUCCUCUAAUGAUAUUACCAACCAGGAAGCUGUUGAUGCUAAGCUUACCAGCAAGGCUUUAAUUUGGGGUUCUCACAUGCUGCAUCUUGACGAUGUUAUCUCAGUUUCAUACAAUGUUGGUCUCAGACAUUUCACCGUGCAUUCUUACCCCUUGAAAAAAGGUUCCUGUGGCCUUUCUUGUUUUAUGAAACCUCGAAGAAGCCGGAAGGACUUUCGAUUCUUGGCUUCUAGCAUAGAAGAGGCAGUUCAGUGGGUUGGCGGGUUUGCAGAUCAGCAGUGUUAUGUGAAUUGCUUGCCUCAUCCGUUGCUAUCUUCUAAGAAGCAGGCUUCUUCAGAAUUACUUCCAAUUGAUACUCCUCCUGAAUUAAUUUUCAAAUGCAAGAGUCCCCCAAAAAUGCUUGUCAUAUUAAAUCCACGAUCUGGACGUGGCCGUUCAAGUAAGGUUUUUCAUGCUGUCGUUGAACCUAUAUUUAAGCUUGCAGGUUUCAAACUGGAGGUAGUCAAAACAACAUCUGCAGGUCAUGCUAGGAAACUUGCCUCUAGUGUUGACAUCAGCACUUGUCCUGAUGGAAUCAUUUGUGUUGGGGGCGACGGAAUUAUUAAUGAGGUUCUAAAUGGUUUACUUAGUAGAGACAACCAAAAAGAAGGAAUUUCCAUACCAAUUGGAAUUGUACCCGCUGGUUCUGAUAAUUCAUUAGUUUGGACUGUUCUUGGAGUUAGAGAUCCAGUUUCUGCUGCAAUAGCCAUUGUCAAGGGGGGUCUUACUGCUACAGAUGUUUUUGCUGUUGAGUGGAUUCAGACUGGUGUCAUUCACUUUGGGAUGACAGUCUCAUAUUAUGGUUUUGUGAGUGAUGUGUUGGAGCUCUCUGAGAAAUAUCAAAAGCGCUUUGGUCCUCUGCGUUAUUUUGUUGCUGGCUUUCUCAAAUUCUUAUGCCUACCAAAGUACAGCUAUGAAGUUGAGUAUCUUCCAGCAUUAAACGAGGAUCUGGAAGGAAAACUCUCAGCUGAAAGGGAAGUAGUUGACAUGUCAGAACUUUACACAGACAUUAUGAGGAGAUCAAACACAGAUGGGAUUCCACGAGCCUCGAGUUUAUCUAGUAUUGACUCCAUUAUGACUCCUACUCGAAUGUCUGGAGACUUGGAUGCAACCUGCAGUGGCAAUCAUGCUACCAUUGAACCAUCUGAGUACGUUCGUGGCCUAGAUCCUAAAUCAAAACGACUUUCAAUGGGAAGGAACAAUAUAACUGCAGAGCCAGAAGUUAUUCAUCCACAGCUACCUCUGUCAACAACUCCAAAUUGGCCAAGGACCCGCUCUAAGUCGAGGACAGAUAAAGGAUGGACUGGAUUGACAGCCACACAUGAUGCCUCCAGAUCUUCUUGGGGCAAUGCUGGAACAAAUGAUAGAGAGGAUAUAUCAUCUACUCUGUCCGAUCCAGGUCCAAUUUGGGAUGCUGAACCCAAGUGGGAUACCGAACCUAAUUGGGUUGUGGAAAAUCCUAUUGAAUUGCCAGGGCCAUCAGAUGAUGUGGAAGCAGGAAGAAAGGAAGUUGUUCCUAGGUAUGAAGAUAAAUGGGUUGUUACAAAGGGUCAGUUUCUUGGUAUUCUGGUUUGCAAUCAUGCUUGCAGAACUGUUCAGAGUUCCCAAGUAGUGGCACCAAAAGCUGAGCAUGAUGACAACACCUUGGAUAUGCUCCUAGUUCAUGGAAGUGGGCGGUUAAGGCUAUUGAGGUUUUUCAUGUUGCUGCAGAUGGGUAGACACCUUUCACUGCCAUAUGUGGAAAAUGUCAAGGUGAAGUCAGUGAAGAUUAAGGCAUCAGGAAAGCACGGCCAUAAUGGUUGUGGUAUUGAUGGAGAGCUUUUUCCACUUAAUGGGCAAGUGAUUUCUUCUUUGCUUCCAGAACAAUGCAGACUUAUCGGUCGCUCCCUUAGCCAUCAAGUCUAA